AACGAUCCUAGUUGAUAAGAGCCGCGUGACAUAACACAUACCGGCCUAUCGGUUUGAAAGCAUCGAAAGUUCGGUUGAAAGCCGGCGAAAGGCGUUUAUUGCUGAUACAACGGAAAUCCAUAAUCGAUAUUGACGAUGUUUAAAUGCUGUGUGUGCAACAAAAGUUCAAAGAAGGAGAGGCCGAACGGCGAGGUGACGAAGUCGACGCCAAAGAAAAAUCAGAAAGCGGUCGACUCGCAAUUAGUUGGCAUUGAUUCAUCGAAGCUCGAGGAAAACGGGCCGACCGGUAGACAAGAGAAGUUGAACGGCGACGUGCAGAGAUUUGAGAAAGUUUCUCCGUCGAUGGAGAAAAACAGCACGGAAGUGGUCGACGACCUGACCGUUAAGAGUCCGUUGCCUACCGGAAAGCGCGACGAGGUCAACGAUAAUUCUCUCUUGCGAACCGAAACAAUAGUAAAAUCGAACAAUAGCAAGAAAGAUGACAAUGAGAACGAUACCAGAAAUGAGGGUGAUCGAACGAAACUAGAGAAGGAAGAUGGCGAGGUAAACGGAAAUAAGGAUGCUAAUGGAAACGGAAAGGCGGAGAAAAAUGAUAAUGUAAGCGGAUACGUGGGUGAGGGCGGAGCGAUGGAAGCAAUACUGAAUUCUGGGGUUUCUGAUACCCUUAAGACCAAUCUUUAUGACUCUUUCGGGUAUAUCGAGAGAACGAUCGAUGAUGGGCCCGAGGAGGAAGGCGAUGAUUCCGUUUUCGAAGAUUGCCCGAACGAUACUAACGCGAAUAAAAAGACGCCGCCAGUUUCGUCAAUUCCUCGGUGGCUUUCGGAGGAGGAAGACGGCGAGCACGACUCAGAAGAGUGCAGCGGAAUGCAGGAACCACCGGCGACGCCGGUUGCUCGCGACGAACUAGCUUUAAGGCGUCACAGAUUCUUCUCCGAUUUGUUACACGUUACGCAAAACGCGACGGAGCACAGAGUGAGGUUUGACCCUCUAGGACCGAUGGUGCACGCUGGUUGUGAAACUAGCGAUAAGGAGGAACAUCUGGAAGAGUUGGUAAAUAGAUUAGAAAACGUUACAAAAAGAUUGGAAAACGUAAGAGUCCAAUCCAUAACCGAAACACAAGAUUCUGCUGUUCAAACAAAUACACCAUCACCAAAGAGGUCUCAAGCAGUAAAAAAUAGUGACUCAGUGCUGUCUGCCUCAUCUCCUCAUUCAAUAGAGAAAAAAGCAGAAGACAAAUUUAUCAGCAUGUCAGUCGCAGGAUAUAAACAGUUUUUAGACGGUCCUGUGAAAGAAUAUUUACAAUUGAGUGAAAAAAUUGGUGGUGAUGUAGCUACUCACAGCAAGCUUGUAGAAAAGGCAUUCAACAUUCAGUUGGAAUUUAUUCAAACUGCAGCAAGUCGUCCAGCCCCAACAAACCAAUCAGAGCAAAUUUCUCUUCUUGCACCCACAUCUGCACAGAUUCAGCAGAUUCAAGAGUUUCGCGAGAAAAAUAGAGGAUCCCAGUUUUUCAAUCAUCUAUCAGCAAUUAGUGAAAGUAUUCCAGCUUUGGGAUGGGUUGCAGUAUCGCCUACUCCAGCACCUUAUAUAAAAGAAAUGAAUGACGCUGGACAAUUUUAUACAAAUCGUGUGUUAAAGGAAUGGAAAGAGAAAAAUAAAGUACAUGCUGAAUGGUGCAAGGCUUGGGUACAGACACUAAGUGUUCUACAGGAAUAUGUGCGUCAGCACUACACAACAGGACUUGUAUGGGCAAAAACUGGCUCUGCACCAACAGGCAUCCCACCACCACCACCACCGUGUAUGCCUCCCAUGGGAGACGUAACACCGGCAGAUAUUAUCGAUGACAGAAGUGCUCUUUUCGCCGAAAUUAAUCAAGGAGAAGCUAUUACAAAGAACUUAAAGAAAGUUACGUCAGACAUGCAAACACAUAAAAAUCCUUCAUUGAGAACCGGACCAGCACCAUUUAAAGCACCAGUUGUUGAUAAUGCUAUAUCUACAAAAACAGUGCCGCCUGCAAAUGCACCAAUUGAUAAACCCCCUGUAUUUACUAGAGAUGGAAAGAAGUGGCUUGUGGAAUAUCAUAAAGGCAAUAAAGAUCUGCUUAUUGACAACGUGGAGAUGAACAAUGUAAUCUAUAUGUUCCGAUGUCAUGAUAGUACUUUAGUUGUCAAAGGCAAAGUUAACUCCAUCGUUAUGGAUUCAUGCCGUAAAUCAUCCGUUGUUUUCGACUCUGUUGUGUCGAGCAUCGAAUUCGUCAAUUGUCAGAGUGUACAAAUGCAGGUACUAGGAAAAGUUCCCACGAUCUCUAUUGACAAAACAGACGGUUGUCAGAUGUAUUUGAGCUCGGACUCAUUAGAUGUGGAAUUCAUUAGCAGCAAGUCUAGCGAGAUGAACGUUAUGGUACCUCGAGGAAAUGGAGAUUAUGCGGAAUAUCCCAUACCGGAGCAAUUCAAAACGACCAUCAGUUCCAAAGGUCUCAGUACGAUCGCUGUCGACUCACUGGGCUAAAGCCUCGAUGAUGACUCAAUUAUCCAUAGCCUAACUAAAUGUCUGUCUAAGAGUACAGUUCAUUAGAGGUAUCAUCUUCAGAGGAUUCGUCGAUCUAUUAUUUAUUGCUUCUUUAAUUAAUUUAAGGUUUUAGAAGAAGAGCGAAGAAUUAAAGGAGAGAUGCGAGUAUACAUUUUUCGAAAGUAUAGAACUGAAUUAGAUAAAUCGAUUGAAUGUUUUAAAUAUUCGCAGCUCUAUUAUAUUGUUUCGAAGGUAUUUGCCGCAUUUCGUGAAGAUCAUCGACCCCAUUCCGAACUAAAUUGUAGAAUCACGCUUAAAACGACGCUCAAUCGAUCGAGCCUUAUUAAAUUUCAUGUAUAAAAACACGCGGUUAUUCGACCGCCUGUGGCUCGAUAUUUUGUAAUAUAGUCUUAAUUAGAUCCCUAGUAAUUGUGAUUCGUCUAUCAAGGUGAUAAUGGGACGAAAAUGGGAUUGACAUUCUUCACGAAUGUGUUAUUAACGCACGUUGGUGCUGAUACGAGGAGACUGUAGGUUCGAUUUAAGUAUAAAGCUAUGGACAAAAGUUUUUCCACCUUCGAAUCGAACCUUUUAUACAUUUACACCAUUUUUUAUUGUGAACGAACUUUUGUCCACACCGACGAAAUCGUUUCUCGGGAUUUUUCAGUCUACUCGCUAUGGAAUUGCCACUCGACGUUUUCGGUGGGAGAAAAGCGAGCGCCGCACAUGUUAAACAAACAGUUUCCGAGGAAGCAGAAACAGAAAGCAUUCACGAGUCAUUAACAAAGUUACUCUGUAUAUUAAGCGAUGUCAUAUUAAUGGUUUGACGUACAGAGUAUGUAUUUCGUUGUACGUGGGAAAUAUAGCAGAGGUGGAUACAUUAUGCUAAAACAGGAAAAAAAAAAUUUAUAACAUAAACUCUUUGAUAUGAUCUUGUUUUCGAGUUACAUCUUGUUUUGUGUUAUUACUUACUUACCGUCAGAGAUUAUUUUGAAGUGAACUACCUCCAGCUUCGAUAUAGGCGUGAGUACGUCUCAUCAUGGAUCGUCGAACUCGUUCGAACAAAUGAGAUGUUGCACGGAUUGGUAAGCAACUUUGGUACGGUGAUGAAUGUUUUAACGUCGUCAAUUAGCGUUUUAUAAACUACAGAUUUCAAAUGUCUCCGUAUUUAAUAAUCGAGCAAAUUUGGGUCUGGAGAGUGAGCUGACUGAGAAAUGGAGCCUGCACGAAGUAUGUGUUAGCUAAAAAAUUAAAAGAUUGUUGCAAUACAAAACAAGCUGUAACUGGAAAACCAGCUCAUAUUAAUCUGAGCUUUUUUUCUUAUUUUAGUGUGCUGGAUUUAUGCCUAGUGUAUUUCCUAUAUAGAACGAGAUAACUUGAGACAUUUGCACCAUUAAUACUUUACAUAUCGUUUCCUUAUAGUAUAUAAACGCAUUCAUUCAAUCACGUAGAGCGUAACUGAUUGGAAAGGAAUUAUUUCGUGCCAGUAUAUAUUAUAAUACACUUUUCAUUGAAUUUUCAAGUUUGUGCUUUCAGUUUGCGAGUCUUCCGUGUUCAUCGAUGUUCAUGAUGUGUAAAUAGAAUGGGACGCUGAAUUUAUUUAAUGAGAAACAAAUCGAUCGUUUAUGCGCGUGCGUUUGAGAAUUUUCAGACUCGAAAGGUAUUUCUCGAGACGACGUGAGAUGAAAAAUGAUCAGGAAUAACGGUUGUGCUAAAGUGUCGAUGAUCCAGCCGCAAAGGAUAGAUAUUCCCCGAAACGAUAAAUGAAUUGUAAACUCGAUAUUGAAUUUUAAAAGCGUGCUGUUUUGAACAUGACGUAAAUUACAUUGUGAUUUUUACCUCUUGGUAUAUUGUGCUAAUCGUAGGUAUAAUCUAAUAUUAGAACUACUUAGAGGCACGAUCUAGAAUAACAUGAUCAUAAUAGAAUAACAAUGAAGCAGUUCGAUCCUUUUUUACCAGAGAAAAAGACGAAGGAAAAACUCGAAGGAGACACGACCUUUUUUAUAAUUUAUAUACCUACAUAUGUACGUAUGUAGUACUAUGCCUGUUUGGUUUUAGAAUGAUGAUCGUUUUACUGAGAUUAUUUAUCAUUAAGGAUCGCACUGCCUGUAAUGCCGUAAUCUUUAACAGCCUUCGUUUUAAUAUCGAUAGAGUAUUAUAUCGAGGAUAAUUAAUAUUUAUUUCUGAAUAUGAUUUUCAGUGCUAUUUCUAAUUGUCCUAAUAAAACAAAUUAAUAUUCCAUUCAAA